GAGGCGAGAGUCGUCGGCGUCGAGGAGGAGUGCGGCUUCCGCUGGCUGCGCCUCAAGAAACUGGCCUACGUGGACCAGACGGGCCGGCGGCGGUUCUGGGAGAUGGCGGAGCGGACGACGCGCCGCGGCGCCGUCGACGGCGUGGGCAUCGUGGCCGUCGUGCGCCGCCGGGCCUGCGCGCCCCAGGUCGUGCUCGUCACGCAGUUCCGGCCGCCGCUCGACGGACACGUCCUCGAGCUUCCCGCGGGCCUCGUCGACGGCGGCGAGGGCGCCGGCGGCGCCGCGCUCCGCGAGCUCAAGGAGGAGACGGGCUUCGUCGGGACCGUGACGUCCGUGUCGCCCGUCGUCGCGUCGGACCCGGGCAUGUCCGCCGCGAACAUGCAGCUGGUCGUCGUCGACGUCGACGGCGACGCGCCCGAGAAUUUGAAGCCCGUCGCCGAGCCCGAGGAGGGCGAGUUCAUCACCGUGCUGCUCGUGCCCCUCGCCGGCCUCGCCGCGCGGCUCCGCGCGGAGAUGAAGGCCCGGGGCUACCACGUCGACGCGCGCCUCUACGCGUACGCCGCGGGCCUCGAGCUCGCG